AUGAUCGUGCAUCCCUGUAAGAAAACGGCUUCCGGCACAGGGAUGCCGGCUUGUUUCCUGCUAGUGGCCAGCCAGGAAAAGUCGGGUCUGGGUUAAUCCAAUAUUUCAGAGCAUAAGCGACAAUUAUACAGUUGAUGAGAGGCAUCUGCGAUCCGAAUGCAGGUUUCGUGGUGAAGGAGGGGAAGAUACUACUUCUGAUCUCCAGUCUUCAUUUCCAAGAUCAAAGCUGAUCGAUCGCUGGCGCCCUUCUCAGUUUCAAGUAUUCCGUGGUUGUCCAAAGAUUGAGCGGUGAUGGCUCUUUACGACUUGCCGCAUGCUAUCCAGGAGCAUUACCUUCCCCUCGCAUUCGGAGUGAUUUUAUUGGCAGUGGUGGGUAAUGGCUGCUACGAGCUGCUCUUGAAUCCACUGCGAAAAUUCCCCGGUCCGAGGCUGGCGGCAGUGACGUACCUACUGUCGGCAUACCACACGGCGAAAGGUGAUCAUCUCACCUGGCUCCAGAACCUUCACCGCAUCUACGGCGAUGUUGUUCGUUUCUCUCCCGAUGAGCUAAGCUUCACAUCUGCCCAGGCCUGGCGAGACAUUUACGGACAUGCCAGCGGCGGGAGAAAGAGCACCGAAAAGGACCCGCGCUUCCUGGGUCCGACCCUCAAUGGCACGCCGGAUAUUAUCCGGGCCAACACGCACGAUCACUCGCGCUUCCGGCGAAACUUCUCGCACGCAUUCUCGGACAAGGCGCUCCGCGAGCAACAGCCGCUGAUCGCCCAGUAUGCGGAAAUGCUCGUGGCGGCGCUGCGCGAAUGUGUGCGGGCGGACCCGACGGCGAAAGUGGAGAUGGUUCGCAUGUAUAACCUGACCACCUUCGAUAUCAUGGGUGACUUGACCUUUGGCGAUCCGUUGAACCUACUCCAGGGCACGGGGUACCGAGAGUGGGUGGGGGGAAUCUUCGCCAGUGUGAAGGUAACGUGUCUCCGGCGCGUGGCGCGUUACUAUUCCUGGCUCACGGUCUUUGUGGCUCUGGUUAUUCCUCGCUCUCUACGAGAGAGAGCGCUGGUGCACUAUCACUCCUGUAAAGCACGGGUUGACAAGCGUGUCAAACAAACCCUCGAUAAGCCGGAUAUCUGGGGGCUCGUCAUGAAGCAGAAGGAGUCUCUGCAGCUCACUCGCGACGAGAUGUACUCCAAUUCUCAGCUAUUUAUGUUAGCUGGGACGGAGACGACCGCUACAGCACUGAGUGGCCUCACUCAUCAGUUGCUGAUGCAUCCGGAGAAGAUGCAGAAGAUCACUCAGGAGGUUCGGCAGACAUUCAAGGAAGAGGGAGAAAUUGAGAUGACCCGCCUCGCGCAAUUGAGGUAUCUGAACGCGUGCAUUGAGGAAGGACUGCGCAUAUAUCCACCAGUACCUAUCGGUAUUCCUCGUUUGGUGCCAGAAGGAGGAAUGACCGUGUGUGGGGACUUCAUUCCAGCCAAGACGUCGGUCUCCGUGCAACAAUGGUCAACAUAUCAUAGCCCCGACAAUUUCAAGCGACCGGAUGAGUUUAUUCCAGAGCGCUGGACUAAUGACCCGGAGUUCGCCGGCGACAAUAAAGCUGCGUUCCAGCCGUUUUCUUAUGGGCCACGAAACUGUUUGGGCAAAACCCUGGCUUAUCAUGAAAUGCGAAUCAUUCUGGCGAAGGUGUUGUACCACUUCGACUUGUCGUUAGCCCCAGAAUCGGUGGAUUGGAAUAAGCAGAAGGUGUUCUCGUUGUGGGAAAAGAAGCCGCUGAUGGUCCAGUUGCAUCCGCGAGUCUAGACCGGUCGGAUAUGCCACUGAGGGGAUCGAGGACACACUCUCAUCGCCAGGCUAGGAUAUCAGACAUGGAAGUGGUUUCCGGAUCAUGUAGCGCAUUAUGAGUAUGGCAACGACACUGGGAAAUCCCAUUGUUUGUCCGAUCGUGACGGGGACGU